UCUGUUAGGCUACCUCUGCGCCAUGGGCAGCCACAAGGGUCAUGAUACCGUGUCAGUUGCGGAGUGCGUUGAAAAGCAGAGGCUGCUGGGAGUGGCCCAGCUGAAGUCCCAGGAGGGACUCCAGAGAAAGCAGAUGGAGGCGCAGGACCUGAGGAAAGCCAUGGACUUGCUCAAGAAGUCAGCCCAGGUGUCCGUGGAGGAGUGUGAGCGUGCGUUCUCGGAGCUGGUCCGCUCUGCAGAGGUGAGGUGUGCGGAGGUGACGAAGCUGAUCAGGCACCAGGAGGAGGCUGAGCUGAGGAGAGCCACUGGGCUCCUGGAGGAGGUGGAGAGGGACAUCAAGGAGAGGGAGGAGAGAGCCUCCGAGAUGAGGAGGCUGGCGGACAUGGACGACCACAUCGCUUUUGUUCUGAAAUUUUCAUCUUUGUGUGCCCCUACUGUGUCUGAGGAUCCAGCCAGUAUCAUUAUCACCGACAAAUGCAACUCCUUUUUGUACUUAAACAAAAAUAUCUCUGACCUGCAAAAGCAACUAGAGGACCUCUGCAAGCAGGAGAUAGACAAGUUCUCUGAAGAGGAGAUUGAAAGUGGCGCUCGUAAGUCUCUAGUCACAGAGAAGGUUUCGUCAAGCAAAGUGUCUUGGGGCGAAGCUGUGGACGAAGAGACAUAUGAGCAUGAAGCAACAUGUCGAGAUGGCGGCAGUCAGCAUCAUCAAUGGAGACGCCAAAAGUCUGAAGAACGGGCAGCAACGGCACAACAGGCGAUGCCAGCAGGCCCCUGGAGGAGGAGGGCAUCCUCCGAGGAGCCAUGGAGGAGGAGGCAGGAUUCGGGGAGACCACUGCCAGAGUGGAGGAGGGGGACUCUGGAGAGGAGGGCCAGCGAGGAGACCAGUCCAGAAGGCCUCAGAGCAUGGAGGAGGUCUAGAUCGCCAGAUAACCAUAGCCGCAACAGUGCAUUGGACACUCUAGACUAUCUACGGAAUAGACAGUCAAUGUCUUACAAAGCUCCUAAUCACCGCAGUUAACUACAUUGUCCAGAGAAAUUAACAUGCAUGCAAUACAGCUGUGAAAUAUUGUCUGUAUUUCAGCAUGUGGUUGGGGACAAAGGGCACUUCAGAGCUCCUGUUGUGAUUUUGUAAAGUAAAAGGCUUGGGCGUUCAGUUUACGUGAUUCGCGAUAAUGAUCACCCUACAUUUUCCCUGUGUUCCUGCAUGUUGUUUUCAGACAUAACUCUAAAGUUCUAAAGGUCAUUGAGAUUUAUCAAAGGUUUGACAGGGUUCUCAAGUGCAGUCUGAUCACGCAUGCAGUCACUUCAACAUCCAAUAGGGGGCGAUCCCACACUCCCUAAGGAGCCAAGGCCUGUGAGAAUCCACCCAACCCAUGCCCUAGAAGCAGCCCUACUGGCCUGAACAUCACCUGAGUGCUGCUGUAUUCCCGUACCAAGACUUCUUUCUCUACCGCUGCACUGGCAGCCAUACUGUUGCUGGCAGCCAUACUGUUGCUGGCAGUGGCAGCGCUAAGGCUGUCACCGUGUAAUGAAAAUGCUUGAAUGAGUAGCCUUGCAUGCAAUGCGUGCUCCCUUCCAGCCUCGUGCUGUCACAAGCAAACAGUGCGAAAGUCAUUCACCCUAAUGGAACUUGAGUGGUUCCUUCUCUCUCUCUCUCUCUCUCUCUCUCUCUCUCUCUCUCUCUCUCUCUAUUUGUAUCGUGUGUGGGUGCAUGUCUCUAACGCUGAGGGUUCUUUUGGUGAUGUGACAAAUAGACAAAACAAAUGGGGAAAACCAGACAGAUUAUGGCCACGUGUGUCACUUCCUGCUCUUCUUUUAUCCACCGCUGUACCCUUAAGGAGUCUUAAUUAUGAGGGCCUGUUUCGCCUCAGCGUUGGGCCUGGUAUGUCAUCAUCAGAGACCGACUGUAGCCAGUGGUGGCCUUAUUUAGCCUCUCUCGUGCCUUCUGGAUCCUUAAUGCGUAAUGUUGCCUUCCUGCUCUGCUGCUGUGCUGCUGUGCUGCUGUGCUGGGUCGGCUGCUGUGCUGCUGUGCUGCUGUGCUGGGUCGGCUGCUGUGCUGCUGUGCUGCUUUGCUGGGUCGGCUGCUGUGGUCGGAGACGGAUCGGUCUCUCCACCACAAUAAUCUGACAGGCAAAUGUUGUUUGUGUUUACACAGGCUACUGUGAGAGUGGUUAACCCUUCCUGGGAUCUCUGUGACAAAGUACUUGUGUUGUUGUGAUAGAGUACUCUGACAGAGUACGGUUUGCUCUAUAUUUAAA